CUCAAGUGUCAGAGAGUUUGAUCACAUGUUGCGACUUUACCAUUUUCGCCACCUUGACAUUGUAAGUGUGGCAUUGCCAAUAAAAACGUGUUCUGUGCUAUAUAGAUUAAAGCAGAAAUGUUUUAACAUGAUUGAAGCACUUUUCACUGCCUACAAUGAAGCAACAGUCAAUCUUUGGAAUUUCAAAGCACUUUUUAUGCCUAAAGCACCUCCCGGUUUCUACCUGGGAUUCACACACCCUCAUGAAAAACUCUCCCUCCCUUCAGCUUCUUUUAAUAGAAUUUGAUUAGUGUCUACCAGGCACAUUACUGAACAGAGACACCAUUCAGGUUUGAUUAUACUCCCGAUUUUAUUAAUAAGAAGCUAUCUGCAUCCUUGUUACAAGAUGAACAUGAAUGCAGUGAUCUGUUUGAUGUCAUUGCUGUCUAUCUGGAUGCGGACCGGAGAAGGUCAGAUUUUCCAGCCUGAGCUUACACCUAAUGCUUUUCUAACCACUGUCACCAGCAAUACAGUGAUACUGAAACAGCCGUAUUGUUUUUUUGACCAGACGUGCCGUGGCUGUGAGAUAUGGCUGGCGGCAGGGCUAUGCUCCGCAAACGGCAUCUUUGAUGCUCAAGUGAACAGCUCAACUCCCAACAUCCUCAGCUUGUCACCCUACCCAACAGCAUUCAACCCAUCAUCAAAAAACUUCUUUCUGACAAGAGUUGGACUUCUGUCAGAUUUCCCCUGUAGUCAGUCCUCCAAUGAUCGCUACUUCAUAGUCGGAGCUGAUGGGAAAUGUAGUGGAAUCAACUGUAAUGGAGUACUUCCUGAUGGACUCCCCGUUUGUUUCAAGUAUCUUCUAAUCAAUACUAAUGGGAAUCUUGUUAAUUCGUCGAACUGGUCUGUCAACAUUACUCUCCCCAAACUACUAAACCAUCAAACCAUCAAUGAUGGUCUGAGUGCGAGAUCUGGUGCCAUGGUUGUGAUUACUGCCAUCCUAUGUGCGGCUGCGGGUCUGCUUUUACUUCUUUUCCUCAUCAUGUUAUGCAUAACCUGCUGUACCAAGAAAGAAAGUAAGCAAAUCUCAGUCACGAACUCAAUCCGUAUCCCCCGCUAUGACACCCACGACCUAAAGGAGCACGUGCACCCCUACGACAACCCUGCUUACCAGUCGGACUUGAAAGAUUACUCCACAGCCAACACUCUGCCCAAGGACGCCAAACAAAAGCUGUGAGCUACUACCAAAGACACUAUCACUGCACUGCAUAUUUCAUGGGAAACCAAAUUACUAUGCAGUAUUUUCUCUUUUAAUAUGUUACAAGGUGAAAUUGAGGACAGGAAGUGAACUUGAAAUUAACUCAACAACAACAGGGCACUUACAUCAUGCAUAUGUUACACUGCUGUUUGGCAUCAGAACAUUGUUUCGUGUGUAGUAUCAAACUAGAAUGGUUGUGCUUAAAGUUUA